UCAAACAAAGGCAAUAGUAUCAACUUUCAAAGCUGUUAAACUAUGUUGUAAACUAAAUAAAGGGUAAUAGUAUCCAGCGAUAUCCACAAGCGAUGUAAAAUAGUUUUUGUUGUUUGUUUUGUCAUGUGUAAAGGCGCGUCCACACUGGAGCAACAUUUGGCAACUUGUAGCAAUUUUAUGUUGCAACAAGUUGCUAAAUGUUUAAUUUAUUAAACUUUUGACAUAAAACAAACUGUCCUCACUAGUGCAACAAUGUUAAUGAAUGUUUGAACUUGUUGAAUCACAAAUUCAGUUGAGUACAACAUUCUGUCCAUACUGCUGUAGUUUUGUGACAUGAUGGAGGAAGACUUAUUAACUGCUACCGCGUGCUUUCUAAUUUUGUGUGGUGAUUCACGAAAACGGAAGCGUAAAUGUUGGGUCCGUCCAAGUUUGAAGAAAAGGGAAAAAUAUGGUGGAAAGGAAAUAUUAUCGGAUUUAAAGAAAGAUGACGUUUUAUUAGAACUUCGAACCGAUGGGUGCUUCAAAAAUUUUUUGCGCAUGAGUAGUUCAGAUAUGGAAUUUUUGCUGCAAAAAAUUGCACCAGUGAUAAGAAAACCAGAUACUAACUGUAGAAAGGCUAUACCUCCACAAGAACGAUUAGCUGUAACAUUGCGCUUUCUGGCAACUGGAGAUUCCUACAGCAGCUUGAUGUAUUUAUUUAAGAUUUCGAAACAAGCUAUCUCAAAGAUAGUACCAGAAGUAUGUGCUGCGCUAGUAAAUGCAAUUAAAGACCAAGUUAAGAUGCCUAAAACUGCUCAAGAAUGGGAAACAAUUACUAAUGGUUUCAGUGUUCUUUGGAAUUUUCCAAAAUGUGUAGGCGUCAUGGAUGGCAAGAACAUUGCAAUACAAGCACCAAAAAACAGUGGAAGUGAUUUCUUCAAUUACAAAACGUUUUUUAGCAUUGUUCUGUUCGGCGUAAUGGAUGCUAAUUACCGAUUUUUGUAUUUUCAUGUAGGCUCCCAAGGGAGAAUAUCUGAUGGAGGAGUUUUCGAAAAUACAUUAUUCAAAAAACUAUUAACUCGCUGCAAACUCAACCUUCCAGAAUAUAGCUCUUUACCAGGACGUGAGAAAUUAGUCCCUCACGUAUUUUUAGGGGAUGAUGCCUUCCCAUUAUCACCAAAUUUACUGAAACCCUACCCUGGGGCGCAGGACAAAGGGUCUCCCAAAAGGAUAUUUAAUUACCGUCUCAGUAGAGCGAGAAGAAUAUCAGAAAAUGUUUUUGGAAUGUUAUCUUCGAUUUUUAGAAUAUUUAGAAAACCCUUACUUUUAGAACCAGAAACUGCAGAAGUUGUUGUUAUGGCUUGCAUUUACUUGCAUAAUUUUUAAGGAAUAGUUCAAGAUCUAAAAAUUCCUACAAUCCCCCAGGUACAUAUGACGGUGAAGAUAAAGAUACAGGACGUGUUUUAGAAGGAUCGUGGAGAAGAGAAACUCAGAGUAAUACAUUUACUUCAUACAAGAAAGUUGCACGAAAUGCAUCAACUGAAGCAAAAGAUAUUAGGCAAGAGUUUGCAGAUUUUUUCGUUACACCUUUGGGGAUGGUGCCGUGGCAGAAUAAUUAUUGAAUUAUAAUUCAUGUAUAAAUUGAAAUUGCCUAUUUAUUUGUUUGAAUAAUUAAUAACAGAAAAGUUAAUAUCUAAAAA